ACAUACACAUCCAAAAUCAAGGUGUCAUCGACCCCUACAAUGACCAUUAUUUCGGAUGAACAGAACCGGGUUGUGGUCGUGCUUGUUCCGCUGCCAUUACACGGUCAUCUCAACCAGCUCCUGCACCUAUCCCGUCUUAUAUCCACCCACGACGACAUCCCGGUCCACGUGAUCUCCACGACGACCCACGGUCGCCAGGCCAAGCUACGUUUACAAGGGUGGAACCCAAAUAACAUUUCCAAUAUUUUCUUUCAUGACUACCCUAUUCCACCCUUUGUAGCACCACUUCCUAACCCUAACUCCACUAACAAAUUUCCAUCUCACCUUCAGCCUUUAUGCGAAUCCGCUACUCAUUUACGUCAUCCGGUGGCCACCCUCCUCCGGAAACUAUCCACCACCACCCGCCGUCUUGUUAUCAUCCAUGAUUCCCUCAUGGGAUCGGUCGUUCAAGACUUUGUUUCACUUCCAAAUGCGGAAACUUAUACUUUUCAUAGCGUAUCGGCUUUCUCUAUUGCUUUAUAUACGUCGGAAAAAGUUGGAGAACAAAUCCGAAAGUUAGUUGAUGACCCACAAUCUCUUACAAAAGAUUUAAUCUCGUUCAACGGCUGCUUCACUUCGGAGUUUAAACGUUUUAUCAAUGCACAACAUGAGUAUGCAAAACUCAGUUCAGGUCGCAUCUACAAUACAUGUAGAAUCAUGGAGCAGCCAAUUUUGGACCUACUUGAACCAGUUGCAAAAAAUGAAAACAAGUUAUUAUGGGCUCUUGGGCCCUUUAAUCCUGUCGACAUAAAAAGGUCAAAAGUUUCGAGAAAAGAUGGUGGUGGCCCAGUGGAGUGGCUUGACCAACAAACAUCGAAUACCGUUAUCUUUGUUUCUUUCGGGACGACGACCACCUUCUCUCAAGAACAAAUCAUCGAGAUCGCAAAUGGAUUGGAAAGGAGCCAUCAAAGAUUCAUUUGGGUAGUGAGAAAUGCAGACAAAGGAGAUAUAAAAAAUACUAUUGAUAACAAUUUUCGUGUCGAGUUGCCACAAGGGUUUGAAGAGCGAGUUAAAGACCGUGGGUUGGUGGUUCGAGAAUGGGCACCUCAAUUAGACAUAUUGGCUCAUCCAUCGAUAGGUGGCUUCAUGAGUCAUUGUGGAUGGAACUCGUGUAUCGAAAGCAUAUCGAUGGGAGUUCCAAUCGUUGCGUGGCCCAUGCACUCGGACCAACCAAACAAUGCCGUGCUUGUAACCAAAGUUCUUAAAGUAGCAUUGUUGGUAGAUGAAUGGUGCCGGAACCAACAAUUGGUGUCGGCAAUAACGAUACAGAAUGCGGUGAAGAGAUUGAUGGGCUCCAAGGAAGGGGAGGAGAUAAGAAAGAGGGCUGCCGCGAUAGGACGACGUGUUAGAAAAUCGGUUAGAGACCAUGGCAUUACUCGAAUGGAGUUGGAAUCCUUCAUUGGUCACAUAACUCGAUAAAUUACAAGGAUGGUCGAGUAUUUGAACACAGUAAAACUCCUUGUGAUGUUAUCUACAAUAUAAUAGAGAUGUUUUUACACAUCAUUUCAUAUCAUUGCUUGUUUAUCUUUGUCCUUAGCACUAAAGCAUGUUUGUUCUUGCUUGUCUACAUGGUAUUUAUUUAUAAUUAAGGACAUGUUUUUAGAUUC